AUGGUGCUUCCUCAAGCCUCUGGACUUAUCCAGAUUCUCCUGUUUGUAGGAUCCUGCGGACUAGUUGGGCGCGUUAUCCAUGUUUGGUGGCGGUUGCGGCAUGUUCCUGGACCGUUUCUCCCCUCAUUCUCAGACUAUUUCCGUGUGAAAUGGGUGCAAUCGUCCAAGGCACAUUUCGUUCAUCGAGACCUCCAUCGCAAGUAUGGUAAUGUGGUGAGGAUGGGACCCAACAUGGUGUCCAUUGGCGACCCAGAGGCUGUUCCUCUGCUGUACCCGAUGAGAAGGGGCUUUUUAAAGGCAGACUUUUACGUGCCACUACGACCGUACUCUCGCACAGGUGGUGCACUGCCCGCCGUGUUCACCUCUUUGGAUGAAGACAUGCACUCGCGCCUCAAACGACCCAUUGCACAAAUCUUUUCUCUGUCGAGCGUUGUGACUUUCGAAGGCCUGGUUGAAGAUGUACUUCAGGUCAUCCAUGCGCAGCUCGACGAUCGCUUCAAGGAUACGGGCGAGGUCUUCAAUCUAGGCGAGUGGCUGCAGUACUUUGCGUUUGACGUCAUGGGCACGCUCAGCUUCAACAAGCGCUAUGGGUUCCUUGAACAGGGUGAAGAUGUCGGUAACAAGCUUGAUGCCGUCUGGCAGUUUAUGAAGCAAGCCGCUCCAAUGAUGCAGGUUCCAUGGCUGGACAAGAUCCUCUACAAGAACCAGUAUGUGGACAUGCUGCGAAGAACGCCUGGAAACUCGCUGCUCCAGUUUGUUGGCCAGACCAUUGGAGAGCGACAACGGACAUUUGACGACAAGGCCAAGGUCGACGCUGCCGAAGGCAACCGCAAAGACUUUCUGGAUCGGUAUAUCGAAAUUCAGAGAAACAACCCUGAAAUCCCACCUUGGGCCGUUCACUCUUGGACAUUUUCCAACGUCAUUGCUGGCUCCGAUUCGGUUGGUGUCGUAAUGCAGACUGCCAUGUACCACAUCCUAAAGAACGAAACGACUAGAACAAAACUAGUUCAAGAGCUUCAAGAAGCGAGCGUGUCACGCCCGUAUCCACAAUGGUCCGAAGUCAGCAAGCUUCCAUACUUGGAUGCGUGUGUUUUGGAGGCUCUAAGAAUGCAUCCGCCAUUUGCACUACCCUUUGAACGAGUUGUCCCUGAAGGAGGUAUCACUAUCUGCGGCACCUAUCUUCCCGAGGGGACCAUUGUAGGUGCUAGCCCAUACGUGACGAACAGAGACACCCAAGCCUAUGGCGAAGAUUCCGACGACUGGAGACCAGAGCGAUGGAUUGAAUGUGGCCCAGAGCGCAAGAGACAUUUGGAGAAUAUUCUUCUCACUUUUGGCGCUGGUCGCCGUAUCUGUCUCGGUCGAUACAUUGGCAUCUUUGAGAUUAAAAAGUUGAUUCCGUUCCUGGUUCUACAAUAUGAUAUGCGCAUUGUCGAUGAAGAUUCGUUUACCUCGGAGAACUUUUGGUUCUUUAAACACCACGGACUGUUUGCUCGAAUGGAAGGAUCGAAGAAGGAGGUUUCUCAGAACUAG